AUGUCAGGGUCUUUCUGGAAGUUUGGCCAAAAUUACGCCAAUGAAUCGCCGCUUUCGAAACUCCUGAAUAGAGCAUUCAUUAAAGUGGAUAAUAAUAGGAAAGCCAAGAAAGAGGGAGCAGAUGACACGCCGCAGGAAAAGUUCGACAAGAUCCUCUCGUCGUCCAGCAGUCACAGUUCAGAGGACGAUGAGAAGAAAGGCAGUGUAGGCGGUCGAAAUCGAGCUGGCCGGACUGCGAAUGAUGACAGUAAUCUACGCAGUGAAGAACUUAAUAACGAAGACGAGGAAGACGAGGAAGAAGCAAAAGAAGGCCAAGAGGACGAACCAGAAGUGAAAGGUGCAGACAGCGAAAGUGAGGAUGAAGACGAAGACGAAGACGAUAAAAGCGACGAUCACGAUCGGAGUAUUCGAGAAUCCUCAGGGGAUCAGCCCGACAACGAGUCGGACUUCAAAGACUUCGAACCCAACAUGGAUGUUCUAGACGAACUCCUGGACGACGAGGAACUGUACACGGAACUGAUGUGCUCAAACUUCAAGCUUCUAAUCUAUUUCAAGUAUCCACAGGUGCUGGCGCGACUCGUGGACUAUGUCACAAACGAGCAGGUACUGAACGAAAAUCUAGAUGGCGAUCAUGCAGACACAGAUAAGGAGACUUCUCGCGACUCCCACAACAGCAAGGACUCACAAGAGGGUUUACAUGCCCAAGAAGCAGAUGAUGGUGAGCGUCAAGACCAAAACCGCGACCUCACUGACACAUCAGCAGAGGCCAGAAGUAUAUCUCAGUCGGAUGAGCUUUCAGUUUCAUCUGCCGAGACCAGCAUAACGCUUCCAGCCGACUCCGAGGAGCAGUCCGAAUCGAGACGUGCACGCAUGGCAGCCGAAAUCUUGUCAGCCGAUGUCUGGCCGAUUUCCUCUGCAUUCAUGGACCACGAAGAACUCUUGAGUCAACUGUGGUCGAUCCUUGAUCAUCCAGCGCCGUUGUCAAUUGUGCCCUCUACGUAUUUCAUGAAAAUCAAUGAAAGAUUACUGGACAUGGACGUUGCUGGCAUCUUGCAUUUCAUUUUGACCCAACCCGAUUUGGUCAACAAAUUUCUAACGCAUAUCGAUAAUCCUCCUCUAAUGGACUUUUUAUUGAAGGUUAUAUCAACUGAUAAACCGGAUUCCUCAACCGGUGUAAUUGAACUUUUAGGGAUCCAAGACUUGAUUCCAAAGCUUCUAGACUGCUUAGAAAGUGGGCAGACGCCCUCUACCAAGUCAGCCGCGGGAGAUUUCCUCAAGGCUCUGAUAACCAUAAGUGCAAAUUCAAAUAAUGAAAUUGCGUCCGCUAUAGGACCAAACGGCUUGACUAGAAAACUAGUCUCACCUCCGAUGGUCGAGAAGCUAAUGAAAAUCAUGCUUACGGGAGGAACCUCCCUCAGUAAUGGUGUUGGCAUCAUUAUCGAGCUAAUAAGGAAAAACAACUCUGAUUAUGACUUCGUACAAGUGAUGUACACCACUCUAGAAACCCAUCCACCCAAUGAUAGAGACCCUAUUUAUCUGGGAUACUUGAUUCAAUGUUCCGCAAAGCAUUUACCGGAAUUUAAUAAGAUGUUAAUGGAGACAGAGUUACCUCCUUUAGAAACUCCGUUCGGUUUUAUAGAACCAUUGGGCUUCGAAAGAUUCAAGAUUUGUGAACUGGUGGCUGAACUUCUGCACUGUUCCAAUAUGACUUUACUCAAUGAACCUGGCGGAGAACAGAUGGUAGCUGAAAGGGAUGCAUUAAGAGAAAAAACUCUAACGCUCGAGAAGAGCGAAGCGCUUUAUAAUAAAAACGAAAUCAGUGGAGAAGGCAGUGAUGUUAUGGACAAGAUGGCCGACUUAAGGAUUGCCACUACAGAUGCUAGCAACAGCAGUGACGACGAAGAAAGGGAUUUGAGCUCUAAAGAAGAAGCCCCUCACACCGCAGGUGAUGUGCAGUCGGAUGAUUCUACAGAUAGCGAGUUGUCAGAGAAGGCUUUGCGUGAGAACCCUGUUGUGGGUGAUCAACUGAAGAUUGCUCUGCAAGACAAUUGUGUGAUCACUGCCAUUUUAGAAAUGUUCUUCUCUUUUCCAUGGAACAACUUUUUGCAUAACGUCGUAUUCGACAUUGUUCAACAGAUUUUUAACGGUCCACUCAAAACCGGUUUCAAUAGGUUUUUGAUAGCUGAUUUGUUCACUGGCGCCAGACUCACGCACAUGAUAAUGGAAGGUGAUAAAAAAUGCGAAGACUACGAAAACGAGACAGGUUUGAGACUGGGAUACAUGGGUCAUUUGACUUUGAUAGCCGAAGAGGUCGCGAAAUUUGCCGCUUACGUGGAAGAGAUGAAGAUAACGUUUUGCACGCCAACAAUUUCAGAGAGCCUGAAUGAGUCUGAGUGGAAAAAAUACACCGACACAGUGCUUGCAGAUACGCGUGAAAACUACAGCUCUAUUUUGGGAGACUUCGAAGAAGAAGAAGACGAUCACGAGGGCGAGCAUGAGGGUGGUAGCUCAAGCGGCAAGUAUCAAGACGCCGCUGCCAACGACGUCGUCGAGUACCGUAAUUACGGACAGGAAGGAGACGAGGACGAUGACUAUGCCGAGUACAACAGUGUUGACAGCCCUCGCUACUACCAAUACGACGAUGGUCAGGGAAAUAAGACAAACAUCCAUCUAAACCCUAGCAUCGAUUACCACGUUGGUCCGGGAAGUUUUGCGGAAGGCAAAGUUCACGAGUACGACGACGACAGAGCUGAGGAUGAUACCGAUGAUAGAGAUGAAGAAUCAGAGGACAAAAAUAUCAAAAACGACAGUGGGAAGGGACGUAAGAGCAAGUUCAGUAGUUACAUGUCGCACCAGUUGUCAAAGGAGUUCAAUACCUCCUUUUCCUCAGAUGACGAAGAAGAAGACGCUUGGAACGGAGCAUUGGAAGAACACUCUGAAUUGGACCCUAAACAGGAGUCUGGCGAGCGUAGCCAAAGAAAUCCAUAUCACGCUUCCCAAUUUGGAAUAGAGGACGAUGAAGAUGAUUACAUGGACCCCAACGAUGACGGGUUGUCAUACGCAAAGCCCAAUCAUCCUCUUUACGACAGCAUGCUUUCUCAAAAGAACUCAGGCUGUCACCUCUACUUCAACCAGGAUGUCUCCAACCUAGAGGAGAAUGAAGAGGACAGCGACGACAGUGACAAAGAAGACGUAGAAGAAGACGACGGCCAAUACUCGCUGUGUCGUACCUCCAGCAAAGACAACAUGGCCUGGGACAGUGCAGAACAGAACCGAAUAAUCAAUACUGCCCAAUACAGACAUAAGCUGCAAGGUCCGGAGAAGUAG